AUAUCACACUCCCAUUGUCAGAUAUCAACGUCCUCUAUUCAUCCAGAUUACUAGUUGUCACACCUCGCCCUGUAUCCUUUAAGCACCACUAUGGCUGAAAUCAUCAUCAAGAACAACUACCCCCUCAACUACGCCGUGAUCUCCCUCCUGACCAAAGAGGCCCUGCAAGACGCAACCAAUCUCUCCCUCACCACGACCAAACUCGGGGGGAUGGACCGCUACUUCGCUACCGGAAUCAUGGGCGAGGGCACCAGGCCAAUCGACGUCCCUGCGGGGAGCGAUAAGGAUGGGAACCCCACUUCGAGAGUGAAAAUCACGGGUAAUUUCGCCUGGACUGUUCGUUGGGACUGGGACCCGAAGAAGGGGGAGCAUGUCAAUGCGACGUUUACACAGAAGAACCCAAAGACGACGCACAAAUACGCGAUAGAGACAAAAGGAAUUCCGGGCGGAUCUGAGCAGUACCAGGUGACGAUUGAUAGAUUUACGCAUGUGACUGGGUAUAAUAGGAAGGAGUAUGAUGCAGCAGAUGAGAAGACGAAGAAGAAGCUGAUGAAGGAGUGGAGUGAUAAUGGGCGGAAGGCAUGGUUGUUUAUGUCUUAGUGAUAAAAUUUGCAAAAAUUUGCAGUCCAGCAAUAAUGAAGGCUAAAAAGCGGAGGAAGUCCUGGUUUUACAGUUAACCUUGCCAGUUAAGAAUGGCAUCCUGCUCCACGACUUAGACUCGCCGCAGAAUUAAGGACCCGGGAUUCGAAAGAGCUAGAACUGCUUUGUGUAUGUAAUAGUUCUUCAGCUGAUAAACCAGCCUAAGGUCCAACCGUGCUAUGUUCGAUGAGAACAAAACCCGGGUGUAGUUGCGUCGAGCAAUAUACCCUCCAUCCUUCCAGCGUCGCAUAUUCAGCUCGGAGGGUAGGAACGACUUUUGCUAUAGAUCCUGGCUAAUUCCCUAGUUAAGUCAGUAGCGA